ACAGGCACGAUGCAUUUCCAGGACGAGGCCGGACGGACCCUCAUCCUCCGUGGCGUCAACCUCGCCGACGGCAAGUUCCCCCUGGGCCAGCCUACAUACCACCUCGACACACUCAACGACACGCCUGGCCGGGGUCUUCCCGGCGAGGACAGCAACCACAAGAAUAAUGGCGUCACCACCAGCAGUGCCUCCUCCCACCCAGCUGCGACCACAACAGACGCCCACACCCACCUCGCGCGCCUGCGCUACUUGGGCUUCAACAUCCUCCGCAUCCCGGUGGUCUGGGAGGCCCUGGAGCAUGCCGGGCCGGGGGUCUACGACGACGCAUACAUCGCGUACGUCCGCACGCUGGUCGAGCUCUGCACCGCGGCGCCGUACCACUUCCGCGUCGUCAUCAACCCGCACCAGGACCUCUGGUCGCGCCUCGCGGGGGGGAGCGGCGCGCCCCUGUGGACAAUCCACGCGUGCGGCCUGGACGACCGGUUCUUUGGCGAGACGCACGCCUGCGUGCGGUACGCCGAGUGGCCACCCGAUGAGAAGGACCGGGCUAGGAAGGACCCCAAGGCCAUCCCGCCGAUGAUGUGGACGACGAACCACAACCGGCUGGCGACGAUGACCAUCUUUGCACUGUUCUUUGCCGGCAGGACCAUCGCGCCGAAAUGCAGGCUGCGGUAUCCCCGCGAACAGACGCAGCUGCAGCUGCAGCAGGGCGAUGGAGUCGGAGGAGAAGACGAGGCGGCCGAUGAGAAUAUCCAGGACUUCCUGCAGCGGCAUUAUUUCGCGGCGUACGGCCGGCUCAUGGCCGCGCUGGGUGAUUUGCCUUUUGGCUAUGACAGCAUGAACGAGCCCGAGCCCGGAUACAUUGGCCUCAAGGACCUGGGCACCACUGAGCGCGACACGGCCAAGAUUGGCAGCAACCCGACGCCCAUCGAGGGCAUGCGCCUGGGGAUGGGGAUGGAGCAGGAAGUCGACGAGUACCGGCUGGGCAAGACGGGCCCGCAUAAAUCAAGCCGGAUGACGAUCAAGCCCUCCCGGGGCUGCUGGCUGGACAAGGAGGAUCCGCGGUGGGAAUUUGUCCGGGCGCCGGAGUGGGAGAUGGGGCAGUGCGUGUGGGCGCUGCACGGGGUGUGGGAUAGCAAGACGGGGGGCUUGCUGCAGAAGGACUACUUCCACAAGGAAGAGAACGACAAGGAGGGCAGGCUGUCGUUCCUGUCGAGUUACUGGCAAGAGUAUAAUCGCAAGUGGCAGGCCGUAGUCCGCGAGCACUCAAAGACGGCAAUCGCAUUCAUCCAGCCAACGGUCUUCUCGCCGCCGCCGCCCAGGGACCCGGUCGAGAAAGGGCAGGACAGGCUCAUCGCGUACUCGCCACACUACUACGACGGACUGACCGUCAUGCACCGGCACUGGCACGAGCGGUGGAACGCUGACGUGGUGGGCCUCCUGAGGGGCCACCACAAGACCAAAGUGACGGGCCUGCGCCUGGGCAAGGACAAUGUGCGCAAGGGUAUCGGAGCCCAGCUUGGCGUCCUGGCGAGCGACACGCCGGACAUCCCGACGCUCAUUGGCGAGAUGGGGAUCCCGUUCAAUCUCGAUGACGGCAAAGCUUAUCGCAAGGCCGACAGCGACGGUGCCGGCGACUACACGGACCACGUCAAGGCGCUCGACGCCGUGUUGCAGGGCUGUGAUGCGCAUCUCCUCAACUACACGAUCUGGGCCUACUCGCCCAUCAACACGCACGAGUGGGGAGACCACUGGAACGGCGAGGACCUGUCGAUAUAC